UUCUUUGCAUUUUUUCUUCUCUUGCAUUCUGCCUGCAUUUUCCCCGCACUUCGCUACACUUUCCCUUGCCUUCCACUCCACUUUCCUCCCCCUUCCCCCCCAUCCCCCAAUUUGCAUUCCCCUCGAUUUACUUUUCCUCGCCUUUCCCUCUCAGCUCCAAACUCCCCCCCAACUUUCUCCCCCUUUCCGCCGCCGUGGCCUCACGGCGAUGAACAGCGGGGCUCUGCCUCCGCUCCCCCCUCACCCCUCCGCCCCCCGGGGCCGCCGGCGGCCCCCAUCCCCGGAGCUGCUGCGCUGCAAGCGCCGCUUGGCUUUCGCCUCCCUCCCGGGCACCGGGGGGGCCGCGGCGGCCGUAGCUCGCCGCAACGAGAGGGAGCGCAACCGGGUGCGCUUGGUCAACCUGGGCUUCGCCGCCCUCCGCCAGCACGUCCCCCACGGGGCCGCCAGCAAGAAGAUGAGCAAGGUGGAGACCCUGCGCUCCGCUGUCGAGUACAUCCGUGCCUUGCAGCGGCUCCUGGACGAGCACGACGCCGCCACCGCUUUCCCCGAUGGCCUCCCACCCCGGACGGGGCGGGCGGCCGUCGGGGAAAACGGUGGCGGCAGCGGUGGUUACUCCUCUGCCUCCCCUUGCUCCUCCGAGGAGAGUGGUUACGAUGGAGAGCUCAGUCCCGAGGAGCGGGAGCUGUUGGAUUUCACCAGCUGGCUCGGGAACUACUGAGCUGCCGGGAGAUAUACCUCAGGGCCCUCUGUCUUCCAUAGCAGCCAGCAUUGCUUCACUGCACCCCUACAAAAAAACACUCCUCCUUUCCCCCAAAUACUCUCACCCAGCUGUGGUGGGACCCUGCUGGCUGCGUUCCUCACCGGGCUCCGAGGCUCCCCAGCUGAAGUGCAAUGAUGCUCACAAUGUCACUCCGGGGCAGCCUGAUGGAAAAAGGUGCUCACCUGCUUUCUCCAGAGAAAGAUGCCCGAGCAACCAGUGGAGUGGCAAAAGCAAGAAGAAAACACUACUUGAUGCUUCCUUGUUUCUGGAGGGGGAGGGAAUUUUUUUUAUAGUGUCAGAUUCUAUUUUAUAUAGAACUUGAACUGCCUAUGGGAACAGUGGUGUAUGAAGACUUAUUUUUGUACAAGAAACCUUAGGGAGAAGGGGUGAAGAGACAGCUCUAUUUUUAGCAAGUCUUAUUCCCUUGUUCUUGAACACUGCCAUCUAGAAUGUUUUGGCAACAUACAUGAUUUAGAUAAAAGGUGUUUUUUUUUUCUCCUCCAAACACUAGUAAAAUACUGUAAAGUUACCUUGUGUCCUACAACGGUGUCUGAGAUUGCCUGGUGUGAAGGUUCACUUCUCUGAAACUGAAGUUUUUUUUUUUUAAAAAAUGUAUUGAAGGCAUUUUUGUAUGCACUUGCUAGGAUUUCUUAAGUUGUACAUAUGCAGUUUUUAAAAAGAGUAUCCUAUUUUAUGUAAAUUGACUUUAUAAAUAAAAUCUAUUUAUAAACAGUU